AUGCUCAUGGCGACGACCGGCUCAGGAGACUCCAGUUCCGUGGACCCACCGCGCUGGCUUCCCGCCGCCCGUGCCGACUCCGCUGCUCAAACGCCCGCACAUUCGGCGCGUGGCUCCCAGCCGGCGCAGCUGUCAAGCGCGCCUGUCGUCGCCGCGUGUCACGGUGGAGGCGCGACGCGCUUAUUCCACCCAUGGAUGCCACGCGACGCCGCACAUUACGGCGUGCAAUUCGGCAUCCGCGAACCGAUGGUCGUCUGGUCUCCCUACAACGCGCAGCUUUACAUGCACCCUCCCGCUCCUUCAGCUUUUGCGCCGAACUUCCCCGGGAUGUCCGCUCCUCCUCCGCUCCCCCCCCCCCUUCGGCCCUGUCCCCCGCCUGUUCCGCAGCAAUCCCCGCCGCUGUCGCAGUGGUCCGCGGGCCCCUCUACAAUUUCCGCCAAGUCCGUGAGGGUCCCCGCGGAACACACGGGCUCAUGGCUGGACACGCGGCUCGUCCCGAUCGACCACUGGGAUGUCGGCGUGAAUUGCGGAGAGAGAGCCACGGUGGCACCGAGCGUGGUGAUUCCAGCUCGUUGCGCGCCGACGGAGCUGGUGAAUUCGACCUUGGCUCCUUCCGCCUCUAGCGCGGUGAGGCGCGGAAUGGGGACGCGCACGGAGGAUGAAGGAGGCCCUCGCAACCCGCAGGAGGGCGCGAAUGACGCGGACCUAUCGACGCGCUGCACGCCGACAUGGGAAGCGGUGGCGGAGAGGAUGAGCGCGCCGCCGGCGCAAGGGAUGACGCAAGGGGUGGCGGAGGGAGGCCUGCUGGGGGAAGGCGACGACAUCAGCGCGUGGUUGAGCCGCCUGGUGGGCGGCACGGCUGGCCCUGGCCUGCCGGAUGUGCCGUCGGCGGAGCUGGCGCAAUCGCAAGGAAAUGAGGCGACGCGUGGUCGCAUGAUGCUGACGUCAGGUAGAGUCGCGUCAUGCGGCAGCAGCGGCACUGCAGCAAGUGCGGGGCGCGGCACCGCGUACAACGUGCCAUUCAACAACCCCGUGCAUGCUGUGCCUGCGCCUGCGCCUGCAUCAAAGUCAGUGCACGGCCCCCCCGCUGCACGCCGCCAUCCCGCCCCUGCUCCUCCGCCUCCCCUCCCACACGCGCCUUCCGGCAUGCUUGCGGUGCAGGCAGGUCGCAUGGGGGGAACUGCAGGCAGCACGGUGGCAGGGGGGGGUGGAAUGGAGCAAUGGGGAGGAGGGGAGCAGAGAGGGGAGUGGGGGAGUCGGGGGGUGGGAGGAGAGGAGAGUGAUGAGGAAGGGGGGGUGGAGGAGGAGGCAUGCAUGGAGGGCAUGACAGUGGAGCAGAUUCUGCAGGAGAGGAGAAAGCGCAGCGAAGGGGGUUCUGUACAACGCGGAAUUCCGCGCCUGCCGCCCUGUUUCCGCGCGCGUUUCGCCGCCAUGGACGCCACAGAGGCCGACGAGCGGCUGCUAGAGGACGAGCUCGAGGCGCAGUUGGCCGCGCAGCGCGCCACGCUGGCGGAAGUGGACGCGCUGCUUCAGGCGGAACCCUCCCCGGAGAUCGCAGAGGUGCGCGGAGAGCUCGCGGAGGCGGUGGCCGCGAGCGAGGCGAGUCUGCUGCAGCUGAAGCGGCAGCGGCUGUUGCGACGCGCGGACAGACUGGCGGAGGGGCUUUCGGCGGAUGCGGCCGCUCGUGGCGGAACUGGAGAGGCUCGAGGGGCAGAAACGGCCAGCGCGGAGCAGACCGAUAUAGGCGGAACGGGCGGAGGGGAACGGCGCGCGGAAGGCGGAGGAGGGGAAGAGCCAAAGAAGGGUGAUGGGGAGGAGGGGAAAGGAGGGAAAGGGGGAGAGUGGGGGGUGAGUGUGGGACAGCGGUGCCUGUUCCGCCACGUGGAUGGCAGGUGGUAUGCGGGGGAGGUGCUGGCGCUCGAAGGGGCGGAGGACCAUGGGGGCAAUGGGGAAGGCGGAGUGGAAAAGGUUGCGGGUAAUGGGGGAGGGGAGUUUGGGGAAGACAAUGGGGGCGCGGAAGGGGAAGAGAGGGGGAGUGAGGGCGCAGGAGCAGCGGAGGAUGGAGGGGAGGAGAGAGUGGGGUUGGGGUACGUUUCAGGGGCAGAUGAAGAGGGUCAAGGGAAACAGGCGGAGUGGGAGGGGAGGGCGGAGGAAGGAAGAGAUGGGGACAGGCGGAGGAGAGGGGGGGGGAGGAGCAGCAGGCGGGGAGGGCAACGACUGGUGCGGGUGGGGUUCCUGUACCCCACGACCCGUGCGCACCAGCUGUGCCGCUUCUUCCUCUCCCGCACCUGUCACUUCCACCAUCGCUGCCGUCACUCCCACGGCCGCCUCCUCCCCCUCUCCUCCCUCCGCGCCCUCCCCCCUCCCCCCUGCUCGCUCUCCCUCCCUCCCGGCUCCUCGCUCCUCGUUGCGGCCCCUCCCGCCCCGCUUGCCCACGCUCUCACCCGCCUCUGGGAGCCAGCAGAGCUCCAAUCACAUCAUGCCACGUGUCCAGGAGCAUCAGCAUCAGCAGCACGGGCAUCAGAAGCUGUCCACCUGCCCACGUGCGCCUGCACCUGCAUGGUCACUCUCGUGCGCGAUGCCUCCUCCUCCUCUCUGCCCCUCUCCUGCAUCGUCCCCCUCUCCUUCCUCCACUCCCUCCCCCGUGCCGCUGAGACAGCCCCUCCUUUAGUCCCGGGUUCAGUGGAAGAACGGGCGAUAGGGCUCGGUGCGUCUGCAAGUGAAAGCAGCAGCAGCAGCAGCAGUGAGGAGAGUGGAGAGGGGUAUGAAUCCGAUGACGAAAACGAUGGCGCUGCUGCUGCUGGCGAUCCUCCCUCCUCCAUGUCCCCCUUUGCAGCAGCAGCAUCUCUCGCAGCCUCCCUGCAGCAUGCGCACGCAGCAGCGGCAGCGGGCCCUCAGAGCGAGACGGUGGCGUUUGCAGCGUGGGAGCAGCACACACGCGGUGUGGCAUCGCGGCUCAUGGCUCGCAUGGGCUUCCAACGCGGUGCCGGGCUCGGCAGAGACGGUGGGGGCAUCACCUCCCCUGUUGGGGUGCGGCUAGGGAAGGAGAGGCGAGGGGCGAAGGGUGGUGCGGUGGGAGGUGCUGGGCUGGGGGCGGGGGAGGAUGGUAAGGGUGGGGCGGUGGAUGGGAGUGCGGGUGGUGGGGAGGAAGGGGGGAAGAAGAGGAAGAAGAGUCGGGGAGGGGAGAGGGCGAGGAACCGGAAGAAGGCAGCCGCUGAGAGAGAGGCUGCAGCAGCGGCGGCGGAGGAGGAGGAGGGCGGGAGGAGGGGAGACGUGUUUGAUUUUAUCAACGUGCACUUGGGCGGCAGAGAGAAGGAAGCGGGUGAUGGGGCCAGGAGAGUGCAAAGAGGAGGGAAUGGGAGGAGGGAAUCGGGGAGUGAGUCUGCCGGGGGCGGGGGGAGCCAGAGCGAGAGAAUGGGAGGAGUGGGCCGGGGAGGAGUUCGAGGGGCCAAUGCACCAGCAGCUGCCAGUGCUAUGCUAGGGGCAGGAGGGAAGGGGCGGGUGGAGGAGCGGCGGGAGCUGAUGCAGCAGGAGGAGCGGGUGAGGGAGGUGCGGGCGCGGGUGGGGCGGUACGAGGAGAUGGCUGCGCGCCACGCACACGACAAGGUGACACUGGCCGCCGUCCACCGCAAGCUGGCUGCCGCCCGGGAGGAGCUGAGGCGCGUGCAGGGGGGGCGGGACUCGGCGCACUCCAGUGCUGCCCAGAAGGAGGCGCUGCGGAAAUGGACCAAGUUCUAG